AUGAAUUCCAAUUGGGCUGCCAAGUGGGAGGAGAUGACCUCCAAAGAAGAGGAGGAGAUGCAAGAAGAAGAGGAGGAGGAGAAAGAGGUUGAUGCAAGGCUCCGAAUUGCAAAUAAAAUGAUGGCGGAUGCUGCAAAUUGGUGGGCUUAUGAGCAACUUCAUCAACAACCACAGUGGGGUGGCUCAGUUGCAGGUCGCGCUUACAAAAAUCGACAAUGUGGGCAAGCAAACCAAAGGUUGUUGAAUGACUACUUCGUGGAUAAUCCGGUGUUUAAUGAGGUCGAGUUCAGACGACGCUACAGAAUGAGGCGCAAAGUUUUCCUUCGCAUGCUAGACGAUGUUCAGACUGCCAACCCCUAUUUUAGGCAGUCAUAUAAUAAUGCCAGCCAACCCAGCUUCUCACCCCAUCAAAAGAUAACAUGCGCACUCCAUAUGCUUGCCAAUGCAUGCUCAGCAGAUUCCUUGGAUGAAUCCUUUAGGAUGCCCGAGUCAACUGCAAUUGAGAACAUGGGACAAUUUUGUCACACUAUUGUCAUGAUCUACCAGGGACGUUACCUCCAGGCACCCACCUCAGAUGAUUUGGAUAGGCUUCUACAACGAGCUGAGAGACGAGGGUUUCCAGGGAUGAUCGGGUCGUUAGACUGCAUGCAUUGGCGGUGGAAGAAUUGUCCCAUAGGGUGGCAGGGAAGCUUCAGCGGCAAAGCAAAAAAACCCACCAUUGUUCUGGAAGCCGUGGCAGAUUUUGACACAUGGAUAUGGCAUGCAUUUUUUGGGAUCCCAAGAGCGCAAAAUGAUAUCACUGUUCUCGGGCGUUCACCAUUAUUUGAUGCCCUCACAACUGGCGAAUCACCACACCUGGAUUAUGAAAUCAAUGGUAAGCAUCACAAUAUUGGUUAUUAUCUUGCUGAUGGUAUUUAUCCAAAAUGGGCGACGCUUGUCCAAUCAAUUAGGCGUCCUGUAUCUGAAGAAGAAGUGUAUUUUUCCACUAAACAAGAGGCAUACAGAAAAGAUGUUGAAAGGGCAUUUGGAAUUCUACAAGCACGGUUUGCAAUCAUUCGUCAACCUGCUAGGGGGUGGAGUCUCGCAAAACUCAACUCAAUUAUGCUUACAUGCAUAAUAAUUCAUAAUAUGAUCGUGGAGGAUGAGCGUCAUGACUAUUAUGAUGGUGAUUCCGACGAUGAUGAACCUGAUCCAAACAGGUCAAGAAGAACCCGGGCAAGAAUUUAUGAUGGUCCAAAUUUACCUCGCAACCCGAGAACCGGGCAAAUCUCAAUGGAGGAAUACAUGCAUCGUUAUAGGUUAAUACGCUCUAGAGCUGCAAAUAAUGAUCUACAACAAGAUCUUAUCAAGCAUCUUUGGGCAACUAGAGGCCAACGACAUCGAUGAGCACCUACUUAUGAGCGUCGUUUUUUAUCUUUGUUUUGUUUGUGUGUGUGGUUGCAAUAAUUGACAAUUUAUUGUCAUAAUUUGUAGCUUGUUUUCUCAUUGUUUUAUAUUGUUG